ACGAAGUAGUAUUCAGUAAGCCAUUGUUAUAUCCAAACGCUAGAACACAGACAGCGGGAGCGUUUCCACUUAUUUGGGAGAGAUCCAAGUCUUAACCCCAUCGUCACCUUACUAACCACCACAACAAUGGUUCAAAACGACGACUCUGCUGAGUGGAAUACAGAUGACGACUUGUAUUUUGAGAUUGAUAACUUUCAGUCAUCUCCAAAGUCAUCAUCUCCUCUAGUCACUUCUUUAGACCACAUGUUUGCUACGCUUGUUGACAUGGGAUUUUCAGAUGACAUGAUCGCUAGAGCAAUUCAGGAAAAUGGACCAAAUGCUGAAACUUCCGCCAUUAUUGACACUAUCUCCAAGUACUCGAUGAACUGUGAACCUAGCUCUUCUAAGUCUAAGACUAUCGAUCACUUCCUUGCCAUGGGAUUUGAUGAGGAAAAAAUUAUCAAAGCCAUACAUAAACUUGGAGAAGAAAACAUGGAAGAGAUAGCAAAUGCACUCCUCUCUUCUGAAGCAGAUACAUCGCCUAUGAUGAAAGAAGAAGAUAACAUGGACUGGUCAGAUAGUGAUGAUGAGAUGAAAUACUCCGAUUUGUUGAGCUCAGACGACGAGAAAGAUCAAGACUCCUUAUAUAGCUGCAAUCCAUUGAGUUCUUUGGUGAAAAUGGGUUUCUCCGAACUUGAAGCUUCUCUAGCUAUAGAGAGAUGUGGAGACAGUGUGAGCAUUGCCGACCUCGCGGACUUCAUUUGUGCCGCUCAUAUAGCUAGAGAAUUUGAUGAGUUUCACAUUGACCCUGAAGAACAAAAGCCUAGACAGGACAUCAAGAAAAGGCGGAAGGAGCCUAGGCCAUCUGCUAAUAACCAGCCGCUUCACCUACCAAACCCAAUGAUAGGAUUUGGUGUUCCAAAUGAGGCGGUGUUCAUCACACAUAGAUCUCUCCCAGCACUAGCUCGUGCCCCGCCAUAUUUCUACUAUGAAAACGUUGCUUGUGCACCUACAGGCGUUUGGGAGACGAUCUCAAGUCAUUUGUAUGACGUUCUACCAGAUUUUGUGGACUCCAAGUUCAUAUGCGCGGCAGCGAGGAAGAGAGGCUAUGUGCACAACCUCCCCAUCAGCAACAGAUACCAGAUUCAACCUGCUCCAAAACUAACGAUUCAAGAGGCGCUUUCGCACACUAGGAAAUGGUGGCCAGCAUGGGACACAAGGACCAAACUGAACUGCAUACUUACCGUUCAUGCUAGUGCUCAGACAACAAAGAGGAUCCGUUUAGAACUUGAAGCUCAUACUGGCGAACCAUCUGAGGCGACAAAAAGGUAUGUCAUUGAGCAGUGUAGGAGGUGGAACCUUGUAUGGGUGGGAAAAAACAAAGUUGCACCACUCGAUGCAGAUGAAAUAGAGUCUCUUCUUGGGUUUCCAAAAUAUCAUACUCGAGGUGGUGGCAUUAGUAAUACCGAUCGUUUGAAGUCACUUGGCAAUUCUUUUCAGGUGGACACAGUGGCAUAUCAUUUGUCUGUCCUAAAACCCUUGUUUCCUGAUGGUAUUAGUGUUCUCUCACUGUUCACUGGUAUUGGUGGUGGAGAAGUGGCGCUUCACCAUCUCAAAAUCCCGAUGAAAACGGUUGUCUCGGUGGAGAUCUCAGAAGGAAACAGAAACAUCUUGAGAGACUUUUGGGACCAAACUAACCAAAGAGGAGAGUUUAUAGAGUUUGAAGACGUCCAAGACCUAACUAGAGACAAAAUCGUAGAGUUGAUGAAGCGGUUUGGUGGCUUUGAUCUUGUGAUUGGAGGUAGUCCGUGCAACAACCUCGCUGGUGGUAACAGAGUAAGCAGGAGUGGUCUUGAAGGUGAACAGUCUUCGUUGUUCUUUGAGUUUUGUCGGAUUCUGGAGGUUGUUCGUGAGACAACAAUGGAGAUGAGAAGAUCUUGAUGGUUCUGGGAUAAAAACUUAGUUUGAACUCUAUUAUUAUCGUAACUCAGUAUCAUCUCGUCUGAGGAUAAGUGUGUGUUUAAUAUAAGUAGCAGGGUCUUGUUUGUUUAGGUGGUGGUCUGUUAUGAACUAUGUCGUGUGGAUGAUCAUUAAAACGUUUUAAAUAUUAGCUUUUACAUAUGAA